GAGGCACUAGUGAGUCAAGAUUUCAUUCUUGUACAGCGCCAUCUGUAAAUAAUAAAUAUUGUUCACUCACGAGAUAUCGAUGAGCUAAAAAUAUUCUUGAAACAAAAAUUAGCCAACGGUGAGCUCGUUAUUAGCUAAAUCUGCUAGCUAGUAAUGGUGAGCUAGUGACUGGCUCUAAACUCAUCUUCAUUAGCCAGAAUUCUACUCGGGUAUAAUUAUAGGAACUGCUCCCGUAAUUUAUGGUGAUAAUUCCUAUGUUGGUAUAGGAAAAAAUUUUAUAGAAUUGUGGGAACCGUUACCAUAAUUUUCUUUCCUUGUAAUUAUGAAUAAACUGAAAUUAUCAGAUGCUGUUCAUUGGUCGGCAAACGAGGCCAUGGAAUACAGUAUAUUAGUCUAGCUAAUGGAUGUGAUAUAUUUGGAACGGUUGUUCACGAAUUGGGUCAUGCAAUAGGUUUUUUUCAUGAACAUAACCGUCCAGAUCGUGAUGAUUAUAUUGAAAUAUAUCAAGCUGUCAUUGAAAAAGGUGAUGAACACAAUUUUAAAAAAUUCAACGCGAGGACUGUACAUACUUUGGAUCAGCCUUAUGAUUAUCUUUCAAUAAUGCAUUACCCACCAGCCGAAAUAACGAACGCCGGAAAUAUCAAUGUCAUUGUACCGAAAAAAAAAGUUGAUGGGCGAACACCGGAAAUUGGUCAAAGAAAAGGAAUCAGUCGAGGUGAUAUUGCUGCAACAAAUUUACUGUACAAUUGUCCAAGAUGUGGAGGUACAUUAUUAGAAGCUAAGGGCAUUUUCAGUCCACCAUCAAAACUAAAUGAUUCGGAGGUAGAUUUCGAAUAUUGUCAGUGGACAAUCAGGGCUGCUCAAGGCGAAAGAAUUAAACUCGUCAUCGCACUAUUAGAUAUUCGCAAAACUCCUAAUUGUUCUACUGAUUAUUUGGAGAUUCGGAAUGGCUACCAGGCUGAUAGUACUGCCUUAGGUCGCUACUGUGAAGAUGUUGGAUCGGCCACUAUAAUUGCGAGUAAUUUUGUAACCGUAAAAUUCGCGAGAUCUCAAUUAGAAAACAAUCGUCCGGGGUUUAUAUUGGAAUACGAGGCUAUUUGCGGCGGUGAUAUUCAUUUAGAAAGUAAUGAUACUUAUUACUUAGAAUCACCAAAUUACCCAGAGUCCUACAAACCGUAUAAACAGUGCCAUUGGAACAUCAAGGCUCCUUACAAGCAUUAUAUAGUAAUUGAAUUUGAUUACUUUGAACUUGAAGAAAGUAAAGGUUGUAAAAAUGAUUUUGUAAAAGUACAAGAGGGUAGAAAUGAAAAUGCGCCAAUUAUUGGAAAGUACUGCGGUAAAAACGACUACUUGGAAGUAGCUUCUCGGAUGAAAAGAAUUUUUCUGACGUUUGUUACCGAUGGAUCGAAAGAAGCGGGAGGUUUUUCCGCUGCCAUUUCUACAAAACUCAUUGAUAAUAAUGAUCCAACUUCUUAAAUAAUUUUCAAAUAUUAAACUCUAUUUAUUAGCAAUAAGUUCAUCAAUUUUUGGUUGUUUGUAAUAUAACCUUCCGAUUGAUUAAUAAAUUUUAAAAAUAAGUUUAUCGAGAAAGUUCAUUGCUCUCUUUACUGUUAAAUGUAUUUAUACUUUAUUUUACAAAAGGCCCACUACUUUAUCAUUACGCGCCUAAUGAUAGUGACAAUACCUCUUAAACUUAUAAAGACUCGUAGAUAAGGACCUCUUUUGUAGAAAAUUUAAUUUUCUACAACAAAGUUAAAUUCAAAAUAAAAAAAAAAAAAAUUAUUAUGUCAAAGACGCAAUUGAUAAAAUUUAAUAUGAUAUUCCUAUAAUUUAAUUUAAAAAUUUUAAUUACAGUGUAAUAAUAGAAAACCUUGUUGUGAAGGAUGCUAUUGCUAUAUGAAUAAAAGGUGGGAGCGAUAUUGUCGCCAAAAAUGAUAAAUCAUUCCAUCUAGAAACUUGCGGACUUAAAGAAAUUAAUAAUUUUAUUUAAUAAAUUUUUUUCUUGUAGUAAAAUAAUGAAAGACGCAGAAAUAAAAACCUUUUAUAGCAAAAUACCCAGACUACAUGAAAACUGUUUAAAUUGAAGCAGUUUUAUAAUUUUUAUAUUACAAAACAAUUUCAGCUAUUAAUAUUGAUUUAAAAUGUGUUUUGAAAUUAUCUGAUGUUUUUGUGAAUUAUAACUACGUAGAACAAACAAUUAACUCGAAAAGAACGAUCGAAAAUCGAUAAAAUUUUCGUGCAAAUUUCGUGUGAAAAUAUUCAGUAGUUUUUGCGUGAUGGGCGUUAAAAAAAAUACCUAUUAUUUUAUAGAUAUAGAUAGAACUAUUAAUUUAUAUAUUUUCAUAAAUAAAAAGAGUUUGUAUAUUGACAAAAAAUUUAUGAAAAAAAAAAAUUGUUUUAUUUAUUAAUGAAAAAGUAAAGGUAAAUAAUUGUGAAAAUUGAUAUUUGCUCGAUUUAUUUAUUGACUUCUGUAAAUUAGUGAUAUUUUCUUCUCAAACAAAUAAGUAGCCAUACAUUAAGAAUACUUUUUCUAUUUAUAAAUAAAAAAAAAGGUAUUUUAAAGAAACAAAAUAAAAAAAAAUUUUUUUUUUUAUGAUGAAUUAAUGAAGAUGCUGAUAUAUACAUUUAAUUAUAAUUACAUAUCAUACAAUAUAAUACAAAUAUCAAUCACUCAUGAUGUGGUGCAUAAAAUGAUCACUGUGCACGAUUAAUACAUAAUUUUUAAAUAAUAUCAAUUCGUUCAAUUUAGUCAAGUAAGAGACCUAGUACCCGAUCAGGAAACUAGUACCCAAUCACUCAUGUAUUUGUAUAUCUGCAUUUACUAGGGGGUGUGCAAAGAGUUCGAACUUACGAAUUAUUUGCAUCGAAUCGAAUCGAGAUAUUCGCACUCAGAUUCUUUGAAUUAUUCAUACAUUCUCUAAUUAUUCGAAAAUUUACAAAUAAUUCCAAAAAUUUUUUUUUUGAAUCACUUAAAAUUGCAAUAUUUUUUCUAAUAAUUCAAACUUUUUCAGAGGUAAAUAGAACUUGAACAUGAAUCUACAAAAAAAUUAUUAUUGGUUACUUUAAAAACUGAGCUCUUCGUUUAAUAAAAAUUGAAUAUUUGAAAGCUGAUCAAAAUUUUCUCGAUUUGAAUCGAAUAAUUUAAAAGUUAGUAAAUAGUAGUAUAUAAUUCAAAAACUUUCGCAUAAUUCGAAAAGAUUUGAAUAAUACGAAGAUUCGGAUUAUUCGAAAAGUUACGAAUAAUUCAAAAAUUCAAUUCGAAAUUCGAAUCGCACACCCCUUAUAUUUAUUAGAUCUACCAAAUAUAGAUAUACAAAUACACGGAAUAGUCAAGUACUAGUUCCCUGAUUCGGUACUAGAUAUUUUACCUCAUAACAUAGUUAAUAUACUUAAAAUUUAUUUCAAACUUAAAUGUACACAAAAAAAAAGGAUUUCUUGGCGCAAGCAAAAAUUUUGUAUUGCGAAAUGGAAACAAUUUUCUUAGGACUAGAAAAAAUUUCUUGGCGUAAGAAAAUUUUUAGUCUUUCCAAGAAAAUUUUCGUUUUCAACUCAUAAUGCAAAUAAUUUCUCAGAGCAAGUGAAAAUUUUCUUAGAACGACUAAAAUUUUUUGCGUCAAGAAAACCGUUUUUUCUGUGUA